AUUUCUCACUUUUCUCUCUCUCUUUCCCAGCCUGAGACAGCUGCGGCGCUCAAACGCACCGUGGAGGCUCUGAUGGAGAGAGGAGCCAUCGUGAGGAACCUGGAAAAUCUGGGGGAAAGGUCUCUGCCUUACAAAAUCUCCAGGCACAAGGAGCGCCACAAGAGAGGAGGGUAUUUCCUGAUAGAUCUGGAGGCUCCCCCUUCCAUCGUGUCCCCCAUGAUGGAACAUUUGGGACGGGACAUCGAUGUCAUCAGAAGGGCUUUUAUCAAACACCCCCUGGCCAAGGCAGAAGAAUGUGGUGGCAUCAUCCCAGUCAGCCCUGAAGAGAAACUCUCCUCUAAAAAAAACUGAAAAUCUCAAAUGUUUCAAACCUUUCUUAAUCCUUUUUUUUUUUUUUUAAUUGCUGCUGUGUAAAAAAAUUGUGAUAAUUCCUGUCCAGCAUUAAAAAAAAAAAAAAAAAUCUCUUUAUGACCAGGGGAUGUGUGUGGUCUUAUCACAGCAUCCUCAUUAUUUUGGUUCAAAUAAUUGGAAUGGUUUUAAUCUGGGUGCUUAUCUUGAUAUUUGACAACUCUGCAAAUUGAUUUGCUUUUCUCUCAGAGCAUUAUGUUGAUAAUGAAGAUUUCUCCAGCAGCAGGAGGAUAUAAAUAGCAUUUUUUCCAGAGAUUACUCCAGAAUAUGGAUAUUUACAGGAGAGAUUAAGAUGUCUGCAGUGGAAAUAUAAAAAUCUAGGAUGUGAUUUGGUGGGGAGGUUGUUUUGGAGGGGAAAAAAAGGCAAUAAAAGUGUGGAUAAAAAUAAAA